AUGUCUUGGUUUCAGAAAACUAUCACCCUCCCCUCCAAAUCGCGCGGCUCCUACCUCAUCACCUCCGACAUCGUGAAAGAGCUGCCCGAGCUGCAGAACUACAAAGUCGGCAUCCUGAAUCUGUUCAUCCAGCACACAAGCUGCGCUCUGAGUCUAAAUGAGAACUGGGACUCGGAUGUCAGGGCGGAUAUGAGUGAUACGUUGGAUCGGAUUGUGCCUGAGGAUAAGGGAGGCAGGGAGGGGUUGUAUAGGCAUGAUGCAGAGGGGAGCGAUGAUAUGCCAGCACACGUCAAAAGCGCACUCAUAGGCGCAAGCGUCUCGAUUCCAAUCAGCAAUGGCAAGCUGGCUACGGGCACAUGGCAGGGGAUCUGGUACUUGGAGUUCAGGGCAUCGAGGCACUCGCGGAAGGUGGUGGCCACUAUACAGGGAGAGAAGUCGUGA